AUGGCUUCUCUUGCGAAAGAGACCGUCGCAGUUGUGGGUACAACAGGCAUUCAAGGCGAAUCUGUUGCACGUACCUUUUUGAGCCUCUCUCACUGGAACGUCCGCUGCUUGACACGCCAGCCAACUUCCGACAAAGCCCUCGAACUUGCACAGCUCGGAGGCGAGAUCGUUCUAGCCGACCUUAAGGAUGAAGCCUCCCUUCGAAAAGCUUUCAGCAAUCGCGAAGCAAGCCUACCAGGUCGAAGUCACCCACGGAAAGAACGCUACCAAGGCCGCAGCAACCAUCCCGACCCUGGAAAAGUUCGUCUACUCAGCCCUGGGACCUAUGCAUGCUGCAUCAAAUGGCAAAUACUCUUUUGCUUUCCACUUCUAGACCAAAGCGAGUAUCGUCGACUACAUCGAGACCUGCAGGUGGAGCUGGCGAAGAAGACCUCCUACAUCUACAUCGGCGCUUAUACUACCAACGCCUUUCUCUACCCUCAAUUCGUUCCACAAACUGGUGACUUCAUUUCCAUCCUUCUAACCCGAAAGGAGACCUGCAUGCCCAUUAUCAAUGUCCCACGAUCCACAGGACCCUUCGUGAGAGCGCUUGUGGAGGAUGAAGAGCCUCGAACGAAGCUCCUUGCGUACGAAGAUUAUCUUUCUAUCGAGCAGGUGGUAAACAUUUGGAAGAAAGCUCUUGGAAAAGAGUUCAGGUUGAUUCAAUUGACCAUGGAAGCGAUGAGAGAGAAACCGGGCGUGCCAAGGGAGAUUCUUCUGGGUGCUGCAUAUCUCGGCGAGUACAGCUACUGUGCGGGUGUUUCGAAUGUAAUUAAGCCCGCUCGAUUGAAGAAUCGGCUAGAGACACAAAGCUUUAAGGACUGGCUUGAGGGCAAAAAUGCGAUGGAAUUGCUGGGAGCGAACAAAUAG